AUGGCUCUUAACAUCCCAGGGGUAUUAGUGAUGGCAUUUUUCUACCUUCUGGUUCUUGGAAUUGGCAUUUGGGCUUCCGACAAAUCCAAAAAAGAGGAGCGGAAGAGGAAAGCGGACAAAAUAGAGAUAACCUUGCUGGGCAACCGUAAGAUCAGCCUGGUGGUGGGAGUCUUCACCAUCACGGCUACAUGGUUUGGGGGAGCCCACAUUACAGGAAUAGCAGAGACGGCAUACAGCCCUUCUGGUGGAUUAAUCUGGGUUGCCCUUCUCCUAUUGGCUGACUCAUCCAGUUUUAUUCUUGCUGGCCUCUUCUUUGCCAAACUGAUGCGAGACAGGAAAUAUGUGACGAUGAUAGACCCCAUCCAGAUCAAGUAUGGGAAAGUACCAACAGCCUAUCUGUCUGCGGUUGCAGUGUUUGGAGACAUCGUGUGGUUGGCGACGACACUUAUUGGCUUGGGUGCAACCACGAGUGUGAUAUUUGACUUGCCCUACACCGUUAGCAUCUGGAUCUCUGCUGCAGUGGCCAUUAUCUACACCCUGCUGGGCGGUCUCUACUCUGUGGCCUACACAGAUGUCAUCCAACUCAUUCUCAUAUUCAUCAGCCUGUGGCUAUGCGUCCCCUUUGCUCUGAUAAACCCCGCCUCCCAUGACAUCACCAGAGCGGUCUUCAACGGAACUUUACCACCCCCGUGGCUUGGCACACUGGAGGGGGACAGAGUUUGGAAAUGGAUCGACAAUUUCUUUCUUUUGACUUUAGGAAACCUUGGUUAUCAAGAAAUCCAUCAGAGAAUCUUGGCCGCCUCCUCCUCCGCCUCAGCCAGUCUCAGCUGUUACGCCGCCGCUUUUGUUAUCCUUAUUUUUGGGAUCCCUCCUGCCUUAAUAGGAGCAGUGGCUGCAUCUACAGACUGGAAUCUGACUUCCUAUGGUUCUCCGUCUCCGUUUGACCGUGGCGAGGAAGGAUUUAUCCUCCCCAUCACCCUGCAGCACCUCACCCCGCCCUACAUCUCCAUACUAGGCAUUGGGGCCAUAGCGGCUGCUGUUAUGUCAUCGACAGACUCCAUUAUGCUCUCUGCAGCCUCCAUCGUAUCCUCUAACAUUUACAAGAACAUACUGAGAGCCCAGGCAUCAGACAGGGAGAUUGAGUGGGUGAUCCGUGUUGUUGUGGUCUUGGUUGGGGUGAUUGGUACGUCGCUCACCAGUCUUCAAAGUAGCGUCAUGAUGUUCUGGUACCUUGGCACAGAAUUCACCUACAUCCUUAUGUUUCCACAAUUGAUAUGCGCACUUUUCUUCAACAUCUCCAACGGCUAUGGAUCUUUUAUGGGCUUCCUAUUGGGCUUGUUGAUGAGAGUGCUGUCUGGAGAGCCCGUGAUUGGAUUACAACCCAUCCUCCACUUCCCAGGAUGCUCACUUAAAGAUGGCGUGUACAUCCAGCAGUCUCCAGUUAACACCAUAUGCAUGCUCAUUGCUUUAGCCACCAUCUUAUUGGUUUCUUACCUGGCUUCACUGCUCUUCAACAUAGGCCUGCUUCCUGAGAAGUGGGAUGUGUUUAACGUCAGAGCCCAGCAGUUGCCGAGACAACAGACACCAACAGGUGGUGUUGAAGGAGAUAUCAAGAUGGAGGACUUGAAUGAAAAUAACAGUCACCAAAAUGCCUUGGAGCCAAUGAUGGGCACAAGCUGUUAA